UCAAUUCCUCCUUUCCCAAGACUUGUUUAUUUUCUCUCAGAACAAAGCAACAAUGGGGCAUAUUUUCUCAGCGAAUAACCAACAGAGAGUGAUAACAACAAGGCCAGAGCUUGACGAAGAGAUCGUUCUCUUUCGUCAACAUCAACUGAUCUCGUCUUUCCUCGAGAUCGCUGUCGGUCAGACCACAGAAACCGCAAGGAGAUUCUUACAAACAACAGACUGGGACAUUAAUCAAGCCAUCAACCUCUUUCUCACCAACAACAACGAUUCUUCGAUGUAUUACGACAAUCAGGACGCCAACUCUACGACAUCAGGAACGUCCGAUGAUUCAUACUCUGAAGAAUCAGAAUCGAGAUUGUCUUCCUCGUUUCCUCCUCCUUUGUAUGUACUUCAAGAGGGUUUGUUUGAAGAAGCAAAGUCUAUUUCAAUUGCAAGUAAUUUAUGGUUGAUAGUGAAUCUCCAGUCCAGGACGGAGUUAGCUUCUCAUACACUUAAUAGAGAUGUAUGGGCGAACGACGCGGUUUCGCGAAACAUUGAGUCUAGCUGCAUCGUAUGGCAGGUCUAUGAUGAUACAAACGAAGGUCAGAAAGUCUCUAGCUUCUACAAGAUCGAAUCUGCUCCUCCUGUGGUUUUUCUAAUUAAUCCCAUCACUGGCCAGAAGAUGCAUAUGUGGAGUGGCGUGAUUGAAGCUGACAGUUUUGUCGAGGAUUUAAUGAUGUUUAGGGACGCUGGUCCUCACGAAAACAUUGCUUCUCUUACAAGGAACAGGGGCAUGGAAACAACAGAGACUUGUUCGUCAAGCAACAACAUCUAUUAUGAAACCCCUCCUCCUUCCUGGGGUGAAGAGUUUGAAAAGGAGGAUGCUUGGUCGUCAAGAAACAGUAACAAUCAAACUCCUUCUUGGGAGAAAGAAUUUGAAGAUCAAGUCCCGGUGGAGACUUGGUCGUCACACAGCGACACUGAUGACUUCGUGCCUCCUUUUAUAGGAGACGAGUAUGAAGACUCUGAUGAAGUAAAGGAGGAAGAGACUUGUUUAGUGUUCCCCGUUUUGACAGAAGAGCCAAAUGGAGACUGUGAUCGAAGUGUUGUGUGUAGUCUCUGCGUUCGAUUUCCAGAUGGGAGAAGAAAACAGAGGAGAUUUCUCAAGAGCGAACCGAUUCAGCUUCUUUGGUCUUUCUGUUAUUCCCACAUGGAUGAAUCUGAGAAUAGGUCGUUCAAGCUGGUGCAGGCGAUUCCCGGUGCUUCCAAGACUCUAGAUUAUGAAGCUGACACCACGUUUGACCAAUCCGGGCUCGCUAAUUCAAUGAUCUCGGUUACUUGGGAGUGAAGCUUUCAUGGUUUAGGUUAACCUUUGGGUUUGAGUUUAUCGGACAUGGUGCUGAGUUGUUCCUUCUUUUUUACAUUGUAGUUCAUUGUGAAGAAAACAAGUACCUUUCU